CAAUUAAUGUUAUGAACAGGAAAUAAGUGUAUAAGUAUUGUCGUUAAUUACCAGUAAACAAAUUGUAACGAGAGACGUUGUAAGGGUAAAACACAGUAUCAUGUCGAUUCAAAAGAACGUUGUAGUAAUUUUGUUAUUGAACUUGCUUAAAUCCAUUUUGACGAUGCAAAUUGAAGCUGAACUUUUCACACUGGCCAAAACAAUCGCAAUAAAGGAAAGAUCGUCAGCAUCGAAUGGAAAAACACUUGAAAUGACCAAUCAAGAUGCCCUGCAAUACGAAAUAUGUAUCAAAAAUCCGAUGCAAUUAUUUAUCAGCUUAAGAUAUUCUAACACUGGGAACAGUACGAAUGUCAAAGUAUUAAUUGAUGGUCAACAUGCAUGGUCACUGAACGCAUCCACAACAAGCCAUUCGUUUUCAUUUGUAACAAGCGAUUCAAUCGAUCACCCUAUAUUGCUGUUCGAAGGCCGUUAUGUUCUAACUGUUGUGGUCGAAACAACAGAGGAAGCUGUAUUUGAACUUGAUUAUCUGGAACUCUCAAGCCACGAAACCACUAAACCCGAAGACUUGAUCUGUCUGCCAAAUCGAAAACAAGUUCAUAUAGAAAUUGAAGACUUUUCAGACUUUAAUGUUAGUUAUAUCAUGCGACGGUCUGCUGCUUCAACUACUAGGUCUGUACUACUUUUUCAAGGCCAAACAGUAAAAUACAAAAUAUGCAUUGAUACCGCAAUAACUAUUGAUAUCCAGGAAUUGCUUUAUUCAAAUGACGGAAAAUCUGAUUUAAUAGUUAUCAAAAUUGAUGACAAAAUUAUUGGUUCUUUCAGUACUAUGCCCGUUUCUGGUCAUGGACUCGAAUGGAACAACUUCAGAACCAGUGGUAUAAUAGGGAAAGGAAUAAGACUUGAUUCGGGCAUGCAUGACGUGGAAAUUUCUGUUGUUUCAGCCGAUAGCUUCGGCGUUGAGUUGGAUUACAUGUCUUUUAGUGUUGAAACCUUAUUGCCUGAUAAAGACCCGUUUAAGUGUGUAUCAAGCAAACAGAUCGAAGCAGAAUCGUUUAAAGGUGGCGAAAGAAUGCGUCUACGGGAAGCGUCGAAAGAAUAUGCAAUAAAUCUUAAAAAUGGAGAAUUUCUUCAGAAGAAUAUUUGUCUGCGCGUGCACACUGAUGUAAGCAUCGAUAAAAUUGUUCAUUCUGACAGUGGCACAUCUAAUAAGUUAUCUGUUUAUGCAGACGCAACAAAAAUAGUUACUUUCACAACUGGUACUCUUGCGUAUUCACACGACGAACAAUCCGAUACAUCCAUUUCUGGUACAUUUUCUAUAAAUGGUCCUUCUACUGUUGCAACGUUACCGCCUGGUUUUACAAGCAAUGGUUCAGUUAAAAAGACUAAUUUGACAACAUUCAUUUUUCCAGAGAAUAACAUCGAAUUAUCAAAAGGGCUACACACUAUGACAGUGGUAGUUGAAAAUUCCGACGUUUCUGGAGUCAAUUUAGAUUUUAUGUCAUUUACUUUUAACUUUGGAAACAACAUAUUGCAAGGAAUAGAAUGUCUACAACAUCAAAGUGUUUUGAUGGAAGCUGAACAAUUUCCUUUGGAAAGUACUCGGGGGCUUCGAUUCAGAUCAAAUGCAUCAUCUAACAGAACUGUUUAUAUGAAACAAGGAGACAUCAUAAAACGUUCGGUAUGUGUAACUGGUCGAGUAAAAGUUUCUAUGACAACAGUUUUAUUUUCUAAUGAUGGACCCGCUGAUCAGAUUUCUAUAAAAUUUCAGUCCAUUCCCAUGGCAACUUUAUUGACAACUGUAAAUUCUAAAAACGGAACAGCCUGGAAUGAUAUUGAAAGUAAAAAAAUAAACAGCGUGCUAUUCCUUAAUGAAGGGGAAUAUGAACUGCAGGUUGUGGCGUCAAACACUGACAAAUAUGGAAUUGAAAUUGAUGCAUUGAUAUUAGACAUCUUUACAUUCGAUGGUUGGUUAAGGCCUUGUUGAAAAGUUCAGUUAGUUUCCAUUUAAUUUUGAAAGUACAUUUGAUAAGUGUGAAAGUUCUACAAAACGUAUACAUAGAAUUAGUUUGUUUCAAACAACAAUUUUACUAAAUGUUACGAGUAAUUUAUCAGAACAUUUUGUAUACUGUUUUUAUACAAAUUAGCUAUCGCCCCGACAAUACCAAAUGUUGAUGUGUGCUGACGCGGAGUUUACAAAUUUAAAAAAUAAAUGCUCAUGAGAUGUUGAUAUUCAUUCACUUUGUAUGGGAAUCACUCCUUUUAAUACCCUCCCCCCCCACC